AUUUGAUUUUUAUUAUUAUUAUUAUUAUUGGAGGAUUUUCUGUUUACCCGCUGCUUUGCUGGAUUUCCUUUCUUUGAGUUUUGAACGUUGAUUUGCCUUCUACGAGGUGACGGCGACAUGCACGGUCAAGUUUAGCAUCUUGGUUGUAGCUUGAGGCGAACGCUCCGCCAUUUUAGGGUGCGGUUCAGUUGUGGAGAUCGCUUGUUUGUGUUCAUACACUCAAAGCUGGAGAACAAAAUGGCGAGCCACCCGUUGGAGAAAUCAGGUGGAUAAGCGUCAACGUCCCCACGACCGACCGGCCUCUCAAGGAUAAGGACAUGGAUUCCCGCAUCGAAAUGGCGGUAGGACUUAACUUCAAGUAAAUUGCUGCAACCCGCAGUUGAGCUCAUAUGGACGUGCAAAGAACUUAACGAAAAGACUGAUACACACCAAGCGACAGGGUGAAGCCUGUUUUAGGAGGAGUGUGAGGCGCAUGUUGCAGCAGUGGAAAAACUUCAUUUCUGCGCCUGGGGACGCGGUCCAAAAUAAACCACCUCAGAAACGCCUGGAUGCUUGUGGGACACGUAAUGCUGCGGAAGUCAUUAAAAAGGGGGAGAAGAUGCAUUUUGUUCCCCUAAUUCCAACAAUAACAACAACACCACAGCGAGAUGUGCAGAUCAGCUGAAUCACUCAACGCCCUCCAACAUAAGUCUGCUCCUCCCUCUCUCCCCCGCCUCACCUCCCACCUCUCCAUCUUCUCCUCCUUUGGGGUUGUUUUUAACCUCCCCUCUCCUGUCUUUUCAUCUUUCUCACCUUGCCUUAUCCUCUUUCCGCUCCCCUCUCUCCCUCGCCUCUCCCACCCCCUCCCCUCCUCGUACUCACCCAGUCCUCUCCCCCUCCUUGUUUUCUCAAUGAAUCUUCCUCCCAGGUUCAGCCCCUCCCACUUCGUGUAAGCGCUUAAUUGUGAGCCUUGACGGAAACUUGCGUAGGUUUAAAUACCGUGCGCGCCUCUCGCACAGAGUGUGGAACUGACCAACUUGUCCAAGCGGGCAUCUCCUCUUCCUCCUCCUCCUCCUCCUCUCUCUCUCUCUCCUCUCUUUCUCCGGUGUCUUCCCCUUUUUGCUCUCCUCCUCGGUGCGCUUUGAGUUCAUUUCUGCCGCUGAGACCGACAAGCAUGCAGGUGUCUCUGGCCCUCCUCGUCUCCAGCUCGGCGCUCCUGCUGCUCCAUGGAUGCUGCACGGCGGUGAAGGGAUGGAAGGUAUUGACAAACGACGCCACGGAGAUUUUACCGGAGUACAGAGAAAACAGUCGGACACCUCAGGAGGCGAUCAAACAGGCGUCCAACGGCAGCAACGACAACAACAACAACAACAACAGUAUGAACAACAGGGCGAAAAACGGUGGAAGAACAGCAAACGCAGUCUCCUACAGUGCCUCGGAGCUGAGCUGUAGGGAGCUGCGGUCCACCCGCUACAUCACCGACGGAUCGUGCCGCAGUGCCAAACCCGUCAAGGAGCUGGUGUGCUCGGGCCAGUGCAUGCCCGCUCACCUCAUGCCGAAUUUCAUCGCUCGGGGCAAGUGGUGGAGGAAUAACGCCUCGGACUACCGCUGCAUCCCGGCCCACUCCAGGACGAGGAGGGUCCAGCUGCAGUGUCCCAAUGGCAACACUCGGACUUACAAAAUCCGCGUGGUCACCUCCUGCAAGUGCAAGCGCUUCAGGCCCCACCAUAACCAAUCAGAGGCCAAAGAGGUCCCGAAGAGGCAACGCAACAAGAAGCACAGUCGUUUGUCUCAAGACCGGAGCAAGAACAACACGCCGCUGAUGGGCAACUCGUACUGAUGCUCCUCUUCAGCAUUCAAGGACAGACACCAAAGCACACUCAUACGCACGCACAUGUUACACAACACUCCAACCAACAUAACUCCUGCAAAUAGGGAGGAGAUGCAAUAAGAAAUUUAAAAAGGAGCAAAUUCAUAAGCUAAUCGCUGGGCUGGUUUUAUGUCAUCAGUCUUUGUUUUUCAGCCACUUGUCAGCAUAUUUGUGAACUUUGCUUACUUGCAUGACAAAAAUGAGUCAGUGCCAGGGCUUGCCACAACUGCGACUGGUCUGGAGUCGCAGCAGCAUGUUGGAUAACGAGUAUCUGAUCACCCCCACAGCUCAAAACCUCCCUGAACAUGGCUCCGUCCUCCGCUCAAACAGAUUUCAUGUAAGCAUAAUGAGAACCCCCCCGAGGCUUCGAGCCCAUCUGUACAAACAUCCAGCGGAUGCAGAGCUGCAGCUCACCACAGCCCUGUUUAGAGCUGAGAAAGCGUAUCUUCGCUCCAAGGUGCUUGUAAUCCGGCUCCUUUUGGCUGUGUGUGUGUGUGUGAGUGUGAGUGUGUGUGUGUGUGUGUGUGGAGGAGACGGUGGCAGCUCUGGGGGCCAGCAUGUUGACAGGUUUUUGAGAGGCCCUGACCUGUAGGGCCCUCUGACAGCCCACCAAAGGCCUGGCCCUACAGCCGUCUCCACACUGCAACAGCCCCAACCAGGCCCAUCAUUUACACUUUCCCACGACCAGAUACAGAGAGUCAGGAGGGUCCGAGAAAUAGAAAAGGUGGAGAAAGCAGUUUUGUCAGUGGACAGUCCUCUGAGUCCGUCCCUGUGUUAUUUGAGUCAUAAAAAGCCAUUCCCUCUGCACAUAAGCAGUUCCUGUUUGCUGGAAUCACACAUAAAAACAAAGUGCACAUGAGUGUAGGAGGCAUCAGAAAAUUGAGCGUGGUUGUCUUGUUACCAAGAGGCUGAGUGUUCUCCAACACGCCCACACCUGAAUUCAUCUGUAACGCGGCCAAGCAGAGCAGCAGUCGACCAUCCGCAGCCAAGAAAAGCCGUCCGCUGUGUUAGCCCGCGGCGUUCGAGACACCUCCACUCCCCUUCGCUCUCCGCUCCCGCUCUGUAAAUAACUCGAAACAGGAAAGAUGGGAGGAAAAAUAACAUAAUGAAAACAAUAAUUCAGUUUUUAUCGUCGUAUUGACUGAUUGAAUCCGGCGGGAAGAGGAAGUGGCGAUGACCCGUCUGUCAGUGCAGACGACACAACCUCCUUCCUCAGCCAGGCCUCAGACGGGACUGCGCUUCACGAAGAAUAUUCACAGUGUUUUCCACAUAUUGUCAGCAACCCCGUUGUGUUUCCACUCAUGUUGCUUCCUGAUUUUGGUUGUUUAAACUGUACUGACAAUGUUUGCUUCUUUUUCCGACUGUGUGUUUGAUUUAGCAACUGGAAAGGGGGAGGGUUUGUCAUGUAAGCUGAGAGCCGUGAUGCGUAACUUGAUUGUACAUAUACCUGUGUGGUCUUCUGCAGUGGUGCCCCCACCUGUCGGGGUGUCGAAGAGAAGGAGGGAGGGAGGGCUGUUUCCUACAGACACAAAGAAGGACUGUUAUAAAGAAUGAACUGCAUAUUUAUUUUUUAUUUCCACAUUUAAAUUAUUUAUGCAACCUUUUGUAGUAAAUGAUAGCCAUUAUUGUCAUAUAGUACGAUAGAGACUUUGAAAAUGAAAUACUGUACAGUACGUGAAUAAAGUAAAAAGCAGAUAUAUUUGAAAGA